GAUCAAUAAAUCGUUGCCGAACGACCAACGUGUUCAGGCUUAAACUGAAUUUUCUUCAAACGUUUUUAAAGAAGAAUUAAGGGCGGAUAUUACUGCAACAUGUAUGCAAUAAUUCAAACAAUAUGCCUUUGCAUAUUCGUAAUUUUAUCAAUCAUUUCGGAUGUACAUGCAGUGGACUAUUGCAAUGCCUUUUACUACUGUGAAGACGGAUACCAUUGUUGUGACAAUGAUACCCGAUGUUGCUCUGACUCACUUUUGACGAUUGGUGCAAUCGUUGGUAUAGUGAUAGGAUGUCUCGUUUUCAUCGGCUGCUGUGUUGCUGUAAUAUGCUGUGUUACAAAGCAAGGUCACCGACCUGGUCAGAUCGUCCAACCAGCACAACAACCUGGUGUCGCGAUAAUCUCAACUGGACAGCCACAAGGUCAACCGAUGUACGGACAACCUGUGUAUGGACAUCAACCAUACGGUCAACAACAACAAUAUGGUGUGCAGCAGCCACCAAGCAGUAACAAAGCAGGAACAAGCGACCCAGCAUAUCCACCUCCGCCGCCGAGUUAUUAGUGCAAAAAGAAGUGUUUGUGUGCGAAUUGUGAUACGUUAUGCUAUGUACUUUUUACCAUUAUUUUAAAACUUUGCAUAUAAUCUUUUUAUUAUGACACAGAUACAGUUCAAUAUCAACAUCAUAUAAGGUCUAAAAAUUCUUUGUUUCCGGUAACAUGCUCAAAAAAUUAGGGUAUGUAGGUCGGAUUAUUUUUUUUUUAAUUUAUUUUUUUUAUUAAGAGAGACUUUUCUAAGAUUAUUUUGUGUCAAAAAUGAAUACAAAUAAGGGGGUUAUGCCUUUAGAGCAUCAGUAAGUUAAUUUCUAACAUCACUGACCAUGUUUAAAGCAUAAAAAGUGCAGUUUUGUAACUUUUUGUCAAAAAGUUGAAAAAAAUAUUCUCAAACGCCAUAAAAACAUUAAGGGUCGGACCAAAAAUUUAGAGUAGUUAGGGAUAACGGAAACAAACAAUAUUUUACGCCUAAAUUAUUAAUGAAAUGAUACGAAAAGUCUCGGUAUCGUGUUUUGCCCUCACUUUGUCAGACAGAAGUGACUCUCUUUUGUGUCCUUUAUCUGUAACACAUCCUGAUAAAACUUAAAAUAAAAUUUUGCUCAUCAUGAAAGCCCAGUUAUUUACUAUUUGAAAUCAUUAAAUACUCAUGUUUCCGCCAGUACUGCACACAUGACUAUUAUUACAUACACUAGUAGUUAAUAGGGUAUUUUUGAAUUUCUUCAUCUUAUCUGUACAUUUUAAUCUUGUUUAAUUUAAUUCUACUUUGUUUGGCAUAACUACAGUAAUGAUUUCAUCUAUCCUAUAAUUAACGCAAAAUAAUAAGCAUAAUUGAAAACAUCGCUAGGGAGUUUAAACCGGUUAACUGGUUAAUUAUCCUCAGUCCUCAUCCUGCUAAAUUUCUAUAAUAAACUGGCCCAUCUUUCAAUAUUGACAUUACCAUUAACUGUUAAAAGGGAUGCUUACCAAUUAUAUCCUGAUUGAAUGGCGAACAGUGCAGAACAUGAUCAGACUGCACAUAUCUACACUGGUCGCAAAGGUAAAACCAAUCGUACGUUAACAUCACAGUAUUCUAAACACGUAGUUUUUCAACUAGACGAUUUUGGACUCGUGUUAAUUAAUCAAUCUUAAUAUGAAUAGACGGCAUUCUUUCAUUGUUUGUUUUUCUUUAUUUUUAAUCUAUAUUUUUUCAUUUAAUGUUAUUUUGUAUCCUCAUUUAUAUAUGUACAUUAAGGUAUUAGGUCACUAAUAGUAAUGUUUACAAAAUGGCCUUUGCUUGGUAUAUUCUGAAAGGUAACCAUGUUUUGCACUAUUUUGCAAUUUUUAAACAACUUUUACCGUGCCGUUUUUUAUAAAUUUUGUAUAACUUAUGGUAUCUCCUCAAGCUCAAGUAGAGAAAAAUUUCAAAGUGAUAGCCACUACCCAAAACGUUUGCAGAGAACUCAUUUUACCAUUAAUUUUAAUAAAAGAAACAUCAAACUAUUGGUAAACAAUUAUAAAACACAAAAUAAAAAUGUCAAUAUCAUUUCUUCUAUGGUGCCUCAAGUAAACGGAUUUAAUGAGACAGAAUUCAUACUUCAACAUUGAAAAAAUAAGGUCGAAUGCUGUGUUUCUGUUGUGAAAUUUGCUUACUCCAUUUAAAAAUAACCUUAGGGCACACGUAAAACCUACCUAAAUUUCUUACACAAUAUAUAAUCUAAGUGUGAAAGCAAAAUAGAGAACUUUCACCGCGUGUUACUCGAUAUUUGUAAAGAUGUGUAACUCUACCCCUUCUGUUUAAGUAGUAAAUUCACUUUAAAAACCAAGAAAUCGCUUAUAAGAUUCAUCUUUUUUCAUUUUUUUACAAGAAAUCAAUAAUAAGUCUUAAAAGAAGUAAAAACAUACUAGAAAAAAGGAAAAUAAGGAAAAAAAAUUUGGUCCCAGUAGUGCUUGAACCUACGCCCCCCUAAAAAUUGCAGUAAAAGUAGGUUUAUGGUAAGAAUUGAAUACUCUUCAAAAAGGAGGUUCUCUAUUAGUGAUCUAAUACCUUAAGUUGUAUGCAAUGUAUAUAUUUUCUCUGUUUGUGUUCAAAUUUUCAAUUUUGGAGGAAAAUAAAGAUCUAUCUAUUUA